UUGUCUAGUACUCUGGAGGGCUGUGGUGUUAGGAGAUACAGGCUGAAAUCAGAAGUCAUGUGACGAAGCAGGGAGUCUCUGCGAUUGGCUCAGGCGGGGUAUGACAUCUGCAUGCAUCCCCUCCCUCCUCUUUCUUGCUCUCAUCUCUCUCUCUCGCUCUCGCUCUCUUUCACUCUCCAUCUCUCUCCCUCUCUCUCUCUCUUUCUCUCCUCUUUGCUUCUUUCCCCCUCGCAGCAUCCUUCAGUCAUGGUGGAGGUUAUCAUUGUGCUUGCCUUCCUGGACUAAAACUACAGCUCGGCCUCAUUCGCGCUGUCGCGCAGCCUUCUCCUACCUCUGCUAGCAGCAGCACCGGACGUGUGUGUGUGUGUGAGUGAGGGCGUGCGUGCCUGCGUACGUUUGUGUGCCUCGGUGUUUUGGGGAGGGCCAAGGUCGAUGUUCAGUGCCUGCGAGACGCAUGCCGAGCUCCAUCUCAGCAGCACCUCGUUGCUAGGGUCUUUCGUUACCCCCGGCUACUGUUUCCAGGCUCCUUGGAGAUUGAGGAAUGCAAAUCUGCAACCAUGAUGGAAGGACUGAAAAAACGAACCAGGAAGGCCUUUGGUAUCCGGAAGAAAGAAAAGGACACUGACUCCACAGGUUCUCCAGACAAAGAUGGUGGUAAAAAGGCUAAUGGGGCACCGAAUGGAUUCUAUGGAGAAAUUGACUGGGAUCGAUAUAACUCGCCUGAGGUGGACGAUGAAGGCUACAGUAUUAGACCAGAGGAUGAAGGGGAAACUGUCCCAAAAAGCAAGCACUUUUACUCAUCCAGUGAGUCUGAAGAGGAGGAGGACCACAAGAAGAAGUUCAAAAUCAAGAUUAAACCAUUGACUGCAGACAGUGGUAGCUUCACAGUCCCCUCAGUGGAUGAGCUGAAAGCCUCUAUAGGAAACAUUGCCCUGUCCCCCUCACCACUGGUUAGUGCCUUCCAUUAUGGAAAUUUAUGCAUACACACACAUAUAUUCCUCACUACUGGUGAGUGCCCUCUAUCAUACAAAUAUGUGCACAUAUACAUUCUCCUUGCUACAGGUGUUUUAAAAUGUGUACUGACUUGUCACUCUCUGACCAGGUCUCUGUUCUCUCUUCCUUUUUGCUGGUCACAGAAACGUAGCCCGGGCCAGAUCAAAAGGAAUUUAUCAAGUGAGAAGAUUGCCAGACCUAGACGCUCUGUGCGUGUGCCAGCUGCAGCCCCUGCCCCUGCGGCUGUGGCCACACUCCCUGAAGAGGGAAUCCCAGAGGAUGCUACUGCCUUGUUUGGGCCUCCCCUCGAGACAGCCUUCAAUGUAGAUCAUUCAGGAGAUGUGGCGACUAUUGCUGAGCCUGAGGUCUGGGGUGCACCCAAGCCAGGCUCACGCCCUGGCUCCCCUCCAACUAGACCCUGUCCCACAGGAACUCCACCCCCUCUCCCACCCAAGAAUGUCCCCGCCUUGCCCCCUGACAGCAGCCCUACCACGGUUACUGACGUGAGUAAAGCCGAACAGGACGAGGCGCAGAGAUCAGGCUCCAGCUCCUCAGAUUCCAUUUCAAGGGAGGCCGUCAGGAAGCCCUCCAUUGCUGACAUGGACCACAUCUUUGGCCCCGUUGAGGACCUCAGGGCUGGCGAGGAAACCACAGAGAGCAAGUGGAUCAGCUUCUGUGACGAGUCCCCCGAGAGCCUGCCCCCACCGCAGCAGCCGGCUCCUCCCCUUCCGAUUGUCCCACCCCCACAUUCACCCCCACCACAGACCCCGCCUCCUCCACUUCCUGUUGCCUUACCCAUAGACUCACCCCCACCACAGACCCCGCCUCCUCCCCUACCUAUUGUCCCAGCCCCAGAGUCACCCCCACCACAGACCCCGCCUCCUCCACUUCCUGUUGCGCCUCCCAUAGACUCACCCCCACCACAGACCCCGCCUCCUCCCCUUCCUGCUGCUCCACCCCCAGAGUCAUCCCCACCACAGACCCGCCUCCCCCCCUUCCUGUUACUCUGCCUGCAUCACAAGCCCAAGUUCCUCCCCGUCCUGUUACCUCACCCCCUUUGCAGGCCCCAUCUCCUCCCCUUUCUGGUGCCUCGCCCGUGCCACAGACCUCGGCUCCUCCUCUCCCUGAUGCUUUGCCCCGAGUUUCUCCCCCACCACAGAUCCCACCUCCUGCCCUUCCUGUGGCCUCAACUCCACCGCAGGCUCCUGCUCCUCCCCUCCCCACAAGCCCGCCCCUAGAGAACCUGUGAGGUUGCUCCCGGCACUCCACCCAUGCAGUCCCCGGAUUCCCCUUGCAGUCUCUCUUCUCCAGCAGUGAUGCUUGCCCGCACUAUCCCCCCGCCCCUCAUCCUGACCAAGGAGGACCGCAGGAGCCCAGAGGCCUCAGCUUUGGCACAGGCCGAAUCCAUGGCCUCACCAAAAGAUCUGACCCUGGGCCCUCGUGCCACACCCCCCCCUCCUCCCCCUCCCACCUACAGGGCGGUAGUGUCCUCCCCAGGGCCCUGCUCUGCACCAGCCACCAGCAGCGGAUCCUCCUCCCCAGCUCGUCCUGCAACUCCGUUGUCUGUUAGCAGCCCAACUCCACCAAUCCCUCCCCCGCGACCUCCCUCACGACCCAAAUUGCCCCCUGGGAAACCCAGUGUAGGGGAUGUGGCUCGGCCAUUCAGCCCACCCAUCAACUCCUCCAGCCCGCCGCCGUUCGCUCCUCUGGCCAGGGCAGAGAGCACUUCCUCCAUCUCCUCCACCAACUCUCUGAGCGCUGCCACAACACCCACCGUUGGUAAAGAGCUCUCCAUCUCUGUGUCAGAUGAUGAUUCUUUUAUAGACAAACUGCCCAGCUUUGAGAGGUCACCUGCAGAGCCAGCUGAGAAUGACCAGCCUUCCCUGGUUUGGUUUGACAGAGGAAAAUUUUAUUUAACCUUCGAAGGCUGCUCUCGGGGACCCAGCCCACUCACCAUGGGGGCCCAGGACUCCCUCCCGGUGGCGGCUGCCUUCACCGAAACUGUGAACGCCUACUUCAAAGGAGCCGACCCUAGCAAGUGUGUGGUGAAGAUCACAGGGGAGAUGGUCCUGUCUUUUCCUGCUGGGAUCACCAGACACUUUGCCAACAAUCCUGCUCCAGCCAUCCUAACAUUCAGCAUAACCAACUACAGUCGACUGGAGCACGUCCUACCUAACCCCCAGCUGCUGUGCUGUGACACCACACAACCCACAGCAGCCUCCAACUCGAAAGAAUUCUGGGUAAAUAUGCCAAACCUGAUGACCCAUUUAAAGAAAGUGUCAGAUCAGAAGCCUCAGGCAACAUACUACAAUGUGGACAUGUUGAAAUAUCAGGUAUCUGCACAGGGCAUCCAGGCCACACCCCUCAACUUGGCUGUCAGCUGGAAGUGUGAUCCUACCAGUACUGACCUCAGAAUAGACUAUAAGUACAAUGGGGAGGCUAUGACUACACCCACUGCCCUCAACAAUGUACAGUUCCUAGUUCCAGUCGACGGAGGGGUGUCCAAGCUCCAAGCCAUGCUUCCCACUGCCGCCUGGAAUGCGGAGCAGCAGAGAAUCCUGUGGAAGAUUCCAGAUAUUUCACACAAAUCCGAAAAUGGAGGGGUGGGGUCCCUGCUUGGCAGGUUCACUCUGACGGAGGGGCCCAGUAACCCCGCCCCCGUGGCAGUGCAGUUCACCAGUGAGGGCAGCACUCUUUCUGGCUGCGGCAUUGAGCUGGUUGGUGCUGGUUAUCGCUUCUCCCUCAUCAAGAAGAGGUUUGCUGCAGGAAAAUACUUGGCUGAAAAUUAGCCUCUUCUGAAGAACACAGUGAAAACAGUAUCAUUGGGUCAGAUGGGAACUAAACAGAUAAGACAUUUGAUACAAAAUGAGCCAACAGUUACACAAAGAUCUUUUAGCCCUUUCUAUUGAGAAAGGAAUAGAAGACGACCCAUCCAACAGUGUUAUGUAACUUGGUUUACAGAAUUGUCAACAGUAGGUGUAAAUUUGGUGUGCCUGUAAUAUGCAUUACUUUUGGAAAUGUCUUGUGUUGAGGUGAUUAGACAUCUUUUGGGGUUGGUGCUUCCUUAAAGUGUGCAUAAUUGCACACCAUUAUUCCUGCAGCUGGUGGAUGGUUGUUCCUAAAAUUAUAGAUCCAGUAGAGGAUAUCUAGCUCUUAGAAACAGAAAUAAAAAACAUGAGACCAUGAAGACUGAUAGUAUACUUCAAACCUGAAAAAACUCUUUUUGUCUUUGGAUUGAAACAAAUGUACCCAACCCCUAAAGGAUUGUCUUCAAAAAUGCUAUGCUGUCUUGCUUUGUAAUCAACAGUUACAUCUAUUAUUUUUUUUAAAGUAGAGGAAAAUUCCAAUCAUAUGGGUUAUAUAGAGGCUGCCGCUAGUGCACGUAGGUUUGAUUGAUGUGCGUGGUGAUACUACUGUGUGGAGCCUGAAAGAUGUGAUGAGAACAAGAUGAGGUCUCCAUUUGAAUGGAAUACUUCAGUAGUCUAAUUCCGUGCAAGUUUAUUCAUCCCCCCCUCCCCCCGAGUGAAUAAUAUUAUAUUUCAACAAUUCAUUGUUUUCUAGUUGCAAUAUUGGAAAAAAAUAUUUUCCCCUAAAAAAAAUGUAAAAAGUGUAAUUUAAAAUUGUUACUGUAUAUGCUAAAGGGCAUUUGGUGUUUCUGCGUAUUGUCACAUAGCGUUUUUGUUGUUUUUCCGACAACAAUCGUAGACUACAAAGUACAUUACAGCACUAUAUUUUUUAUUUAUUGAUAAUACUGAUUGUUGUAAAAAAAAGUGACUGUAUAUGACUAGAAUUUGAAUGGUACAGUUUAUCAGAAUCCCUAGAGUUAUAUUUUAAUUCUUUUUUUGUUAUGUGUAUGUUUGUAACCUCUGUACAGUGUAAUGCUAAGGUAUACUUUUAAAAUUUAUUUCUGAUAUAAUUUUUUUAUUCUGUGGAGCUAUAUAUGGUGUGAGUGAUGGGUGAGAAUCCUGGAUGCAUUGUCCUUGAAAUAGCAAAGUUGUAUCAAUGGUACUAACAUGGAUUUGUCAGCUUUUAACAUUGUAACUUCGAUGUGACCUCAAUGUGUUGUGUUCUAGAAUUCUCAACAGCAUAUUGUUUGACAUCUCCAGCAUGAGUCAGAAUAAAGCAAAUGCUUGAAUCCAUGUCUUUUAUUUUUGCAUAGAGUAAGUCUCUGUGAGAUGGGGAAAAGGAAUAGUACUGAAGAGAUUGCCAAAUUGAUUUAAGUUCUGUGUUAAUUCCAGACAAAGUAUUGUGUUAACGCAAUUCUUUUUUGUUUGUUUGUUUGUUUGUUUGGCAUUGAAAAUGAAAGACAUUGAUUUACAUACUCUGUACAUUUUGAGAUUAUACAAAAAAUAACAAAUUAUAUUAGCAAGAAUGGUAUAUCUUAAUUGUUUGAUAUUUAAGUGUCUCAAGUGUUUAGCUUUUUUGUUCCUACAUACUUUUUGGGCUGGAUGCAAUCAUCAUUUGUCCUUGAAUUUAACUGACAACUAAUGAUGUUUGUGACAAAUAAAUGGCUGACCUUACCAAAUUGUGUUUGCAAAUAAACAGAAAAAACAUUCUGGAUCAAAUGCAGCAUGCUUAGCUGGAAUUUAGACUUCAGAUUUAAACCCCUAGACCACAUAACUACAUUACAGCUGGAAGAGCUAUCCAAAUCUUUGAAAUAAGGAUUAGCUGUUCCAGUUGUAAUGCAGCUUUAUGGUCGAGGGGUUUAAAACUGAGGUUUAAACGUCAGUUAAGUUCAGUUCAGUUAAACUGCAGUUGACCCUCAAAGUUUAGAACAAAUGUUGUUCUGAAUCUAUCCAGGUCCAUAUGUUGUUUUUCUUUCAAAAUGAGCUGUAUGCACAAAUAUGGAAAAUAAUGUUUUAAGGAAAAAUGCAAUCACAAAAAUAUACAACCAUGCAAAAAUGGCCUAUUACUUGUCAAGAAAACAAAUAAUGGUUUUCCCCUCAAGGAACUUUUGGAGUUAUGUCAUUUUGUUUUCUCUUUGUAAUGCAAGAAAAAUUAUUAAAAUGACAAAAUGCCCAGUAUAUAUUAAUUUCACAAUGCAUCUGAUGUUUCUGUAAUUGACUGUUUAUCAGUUACAUAUCUUCAGAAAUUAUGAGGUUGUCUUGAGAUGUAAAAUAUUUAUUUUUCUAAUGCCGUAUGAUCUGCACUGAGAAGCCUGGUUCUGGUUUCAUGUGCUGCUGAGCUUGUUCACUGUGAACAAAUGUCAGCCUAUCGACACAAAAUGGCAUGAGACAGGUUGCUUCUUGCAGAUUUAAAGGUUUAUUCACUGACAACAUUUACAUACUGGGGAGUAUCCCCCCAGACCCCCCCUAGAACAUUGAGAAAUUGAGAAAAACUGGACCUUAAAGGUCAGCUUUGACACAAAACUGUCACUUUUGAAGUCUGUUGGUUAGCUGUAUUAUCAACCUGGUCUCAUGCCCUUUGCUUUGAUAGGUUGAGGUCUGAUCAUGUUGAUGUGAAUCAACAGGACCAGGUUGAACUGAGAUAUAUGAACUGGAAAUAGGAGUUGUGGUCAAAUAUGCAUCUAAAUCAUUAAAAAAUAAAUAUCUACAUCGAUUACAAGAUUAUAUACAUAACUUAACGUGGAACACACUUGCUUAGUUGGCUUGCAUAAAAUUAUUUUUCUUGAACAAUCUUAUUUGAUUGUUUCCAUGACAAGUUUUUUCUUCAUUCUUCUCAGCUGUAUGGCACAAAGUCUUUGCCACAAUCUGUUAUCUGAACAGUAUCAGUUGAAACAAUUUAGAAAAGGCAAAAAGAAGCAUUCAGCAUCCAGAUACUGUACGUUUCAGUGUUAAGUUUUGAUUCUCUUAGAAAAUAAAAGCUUUCCUUUUAGGCCAAAGAUGGGCUAUACUGGACAUUGAGCAUUCUGUACAUGUAACAUUGACAGCCUUUACCUCACAUCUCAAACAGCUUCUCAAUUGUUAACAGGAUUUUUUUUUUGUUUUGUUUUAGUUUACAUUUUAACACAUAAUGUGGGAUUUAAUUUUGUUCAGGAGGUUUUGGAAAUAUUUCCCUUUAGUGAAUGCGACACUUUAUUUUGUUUGACCUGUUGCUCAUCAAGUUUUAAGUCCAAACUUUAUUUACCACUUAAUACACAGGUAUUCUUUGUCACAAUCUCUCAUCUAAAAUAGUAAUUGAAUAAAAAUAGAGAUACAAUCAACAUGGGGGUAUACAAAACUUAUAAUGAAAUGAAUUAAAGGACAAAUAAAAGUGCAAUCAGAUAAAGGCACACAUUUGGAUAAAUCAGUUUCUGAACCUGGGUUUUAAGGCUCUGAUAACAUCUCCCAAACAAAAGGGGUGAAAAUGUCUUAAACCUGGGUGCCUGUAGUCUUGGACUUUUUUUGCUUUAUUAUUCAGUAAACAUAAAUCUGUACUACCUGAAAUAGUGCAUCAUUUCCUAAAUUUUAUAGAUGUAAAGUUGGCCUCGAUGUGUUGUCUUUCUGUACCAAACAAACAGAUGUAUAUGUGUAGACAUGGUUUUAGUGUUGUGAUUUGCACCUUCCCCAUAAUUAUUGGUUUAAUGAGAAAAUAUACUUUUAAAUAUAUUAUUUUGAAUCUGAUAGUUUUAAAGGCUAGAAAUUCUUCUUAUAUCUGCAAGACUUCAGCUGCCCUUGAAAUGGUCUGUUUGUUGUAAUAGCCCAUCUGGUAACUCGUGUCUUCUUUGCUUAGUUUUAAAGCCUUACUGGUAAGUGACAAUUUUGUAAAUUACGCAAAUUAGAGUAAUUGUUCAAGAUUUGCACCACUUCUGUAAUUUGGCUGCUGUUUAAGAAUGUGUGAAGGAUCUAAAGAGGUAUUCUCUGGAUGAAAAUGUUUUGCCUUAUGGUUUACUCUGUGGUACCAUUAUCAUGUACAGUCAUCAUACCCUCUCUGUAAAUAUAUUUGUUGCCUUCCUUUUUAUAUAAAUGUUAUAUUUAGUUGUGUCUUCAUCAUAUCCAUUGCACAACAUACUGAAUAUGCAAUCAUUUAAUGUAAAAGUACCAUGAAAAAAAAUUCUAAUGACAUCUAAAAUAUAUGAACUUAUAUACUUCGUAUAUAAGACUGACUAUGAUGUAAUACCUGUUUAAAAUGUCCAUUCAUGUAAGUUUUCUUGGAAAUAAAGUGAGGAAAAGCAA